CACAUGCUAUAUAGCGCCUGUAAUGGAUGUGUUUGACCACAAAGCCUCACUAUAAGGCUGUAUGUGGGGGUGUAGUAUUAUAUCUGUCACGUGUUGUUCAUUAGCCAAUGAAUUUUACUGUCUGUCUGAGGCCUCUUAGCAACUGAAUUUAGUAUCUCAUUGUCUCUGCACGUACGUACGUACGUACACAAACGCUGAUCAUUGUGACCUGCGCAGCCGGCUAGCCAGUUCAGAAACGACAGAGAGGAUGUCUCAAAGUAACUGCUUUCUCCACCCGUCCUUCCAGUCCAAGCCUGUCUAUGAACUGCACUGUAUGCAUUGUGAGAACACUGUAUGCUUGCGUGGCAUGAAAGCUAUUCUACUGGCUGACAGAAGUGUUGAGCUCUUCUCAACAGACCAUCCUCCACUCAAUUCGUUGAAGUCUGUCGGGAAGGAGUACCAAACAACAAAGUGUCUUUGCUGGAUAUCCGAUGUGGCGUGCAGUAUAUGUGGUCAAGCGGCAGGUUACCAUGUGAGAGUCCCGUGUCAGUCCUGUCUCUCGUCCUGCAACAAUGGCCACUUCUGGAUGUACCACUCUGACAGUGUGAGGUCAGAGGAGAGGCUAGAUGCUUCAGGUGAGCACAUCCUAGUGUGGGCAGAGAUCCCACCACUGAGUGAGGACACAGUGACUCAUGAUAAUAAACUUUCUUAUAUCGAGUGUUCAAGGUAGCUAUAAUAAUAGUCUUUUCUAAAUUUCUUUUCCAACUACUAAUCAGUACCAUUUUUACAUUCUUCCUCAUUAUCUAUCUGUUUUGUUUUGUCAUAUUCCAUGUCCAAUAGAAAUUUUUUUGCGAAA